UUUUUAUUUUUUUUGUGGCAGUGUUGGAUCUAUUUACAGCAUCUAGAGCCCACACAGAAUUCCAGAAUCACUUAAGGAACGCUGAAUGCAACAUUGUAACAUUGCUAAACCGCGAGUGGUUCAGUUGUAACAUUGUUUCUUCUGUUUGAGUUUGUUACGCUGUUGUUGUUUUUUUUUUUCAUUCCUGGUGGGAAUUUCGCUUCGUGUGCGUCCAACGUCGACCAACAUUUGUCUACUCUUUUGGAAAAUGAUUAGUAAACAAGCACUUCCUUAAAAUGUUAUUAUUGUUUCGUACAAACAAAUAAGAAAUUAUAUUUUGCAGAAAGAAAAUGAAGCCAAUAUUUAGGACUAUUAUGAUUGUAACAUCGUGUUAUUAUUUUCGUGACAGUUACACACACACACACACACACACACACACACACACACACAACCAACAAUAAAACUUUAAAUUAUAAAGUAUUUAGCAUACAUCAUAGCAGCCCAUGGCACUGGCUUUUUUUUUUUUUUAAGCUGAUUUUAAUAUUUUUUUUAUUUUGUAUUUAUUUAUUUUUACUAACAUUGUACAUUGUGUAAUACAGUAAAAAAUGUGUUACUGUAAUAAGAAUAAUCAUUGAAAACAGUAAUGGUAAAAAUGCCUGGAUGUGUUUUGUGUUUCCGGGCCAAUAACCGAUAACUUGCAACUCAUUGCGGCCAAUACCGAUUAACCGAUAUUUAGGAGAAAAAGGAGAAAACAGAGGUUUUAAUUUUCCAUCCUUCAACCUGGAACUUCUUGCUAAUUAAUUAAAAGCUUCUCAUUUUAAAAUAGGUGUCAUUUAAAAGCUUGGAGGUUGGCUGCCGAUAUAUUGUGCAUCCCUAUUCAUUUCUCUUUGUAAAUAUAUAAUUUCCUCUUUUUGGCAUUGAUUUGGGGUUAAAUAUGACCAGGACAUUUUUUUUUACAGAAAUCACUUUGUUCAUGCAUUCUAGCCCUGCUUACAUUUGAGUGAAAAAUUGAAAAGUGGUCCCUUGCAUUAAUCGUUCAUUUCAAAUGUGGCGACUCUAGGGCAACUUCAAACCAUAAAUCUCAAUAAUAAUGCUGAAAAUUACAGCACGUGUUUUAUUAGACCACGAGCAUGUUAAAACACCAUGUCUUGAGGCUUGUCACCUGUCACAUGGCAACUGUCUCCAGUUGUUUCGUCUCUCUUGCUGAGGGAGAGAUUGUACUCCAGGCUUUGGGACACUAUUCAUUAGUGCAAAACAAACUAUGCAGACUAUUUAUCAGCCCAGCAUUAACUUGUAUAGGUGUUGGCCUUUGUAACUGUGCUGUAUUUACACAAAGAUUAACUGAACACUCUUAUUUGUCAAGUUUGUAAUCCAACAGCCUAUAGUCAAACAUUGUUUGUUAGUCUGUCAGUCAAUCUAUACAGAUUCAUUUAGUUCUUAUUAAACAGGUUUAAACCUUUAAUUUUGUGAAGCUUUCAGUGUUAACCACUGAAAUUCUGAUGUUUAAAAUAAGAACAAAGUGAACCCAAAAAGUAUUUGGACACUUCAGUCACACUUAAAUAUAUCUAAAUAUCAUUGCAUUAGACACAAAAUAUCAAACAGAUGACAUAAGACCUUUUCUCAGAGCUAACUUUUCUGAGCCAUUCUUGCAAUAAAGGUGUCGAUGUGAAUUUUAGUGGAUGUAUGAAGUUAUUUCACAAAGAUAUCAGUAGUUCACUACAUUAACUAUGAUCAUGUUCAAAAUGUUUGAUAACCAGAUAACUCUACAACUUUGUAGUCAUCAACCAAAUAGAGACCUGUCACUUAAUUUUGAACAAUAUAUCUAUUUUACCAUCCCUUUUUAGUGAAAUAAAAAAAAAAUUGGUUUGUGCUAUAUUUAUUUAAAAUGAUGCCACUUGGUUUGAUAUUUUGUGAUAUAAUGCAGAGACAUCCAUGCAUUUUUAAGUGUAGCUGAAGUGUCCAAAUCAGUUGGGAAACUGUUGUAUAAACUGGAUCAGUUGGGAAAAUGCUGUAGCAGUUAUUAUAAAUGAUCCACAUCUUCUGCAUAUAUUUGUGAAAUGCUGCAUUAGUGAGUCCAUUUACUUUCUUGCCAAUAUGCUGAUAACUCUUAAAAAUCAGCUUGUAUAACCAACUAUGGACUAUGCAGGAAGAUCGCGUUUACAUGAGAUUUGAAAUCAUAUUCUUCUUUCGGCUGCUCCUGUUAGGGGUCGCCACAGCGGACCAUCUGUGAUAGAGGUUGGCCGAUAUAUCGGUUUUGCCGAUUAAUUGGCACCGAUAAAAGAUUUCAGGAACAAUCUGUUAUCAGCAAAAGUUCCACACCGGUAGUAUUUCCCCAUUGUGUCCUGUGCUGGAGCAGCCGGGAAGGGUCCUCUGUUGUUAUACAGUAUGAGAGUGGCCCCUAGAGGUGAAAUAAAAGUUCACUGAUGCCUUGUGAUGUUUGUUUUGACAUGUGAGACUACACUCUGCAUGGAGCGGAACACUUCAGAUGCAGAUUUAAAAUGUCAACAAUAAAAAGGUAAUGAGUGAACAUGGAGGCUGGAACGGUGGUGCGUGCCGUCUUCGAGUUCCUCCCGAGCGUAUCCGAAGAACUGCCUCUUUUUACUGGAGAUGUCAUUGAAGUGGUCAGUGUUGUUGAUGAAUUUUGGCUGCUCGGAAUCAAAGAUGGAGUCACAGGCCAGUUUCCCAGCACUUUUGUGGAACCUGUUACAAUCCCAAGCACCAAGACAGGAGAGAAUCUCUAUGUGUGCAUCAAUGACUUUAACUCGGUGGAGCCUGGAAACUUACCAUUAAAGAGAGGUGAUGUGGUUGCUGCUGAAGGCAGUGUGGAUGUGGUGUGGAUGAGAGGGCAUAAUGCGUGGGGCUCAUGUGGACUCUUCCCCACGUCAUGUGUUAAAGAGCUGGAGCUUUCAGGUCGAUCCAGACAGCUGUCAGAGCGCAGCGCGGCUGCCCAGGCCUCUGAACUCCCCCCACAUGCACUUGGCCAGGCCCGUGCUCUCAUGAGCCUCCACGCCCAACUGGAUGAGGAGCUGGACUUCCGGGAGGGUGAUGUCAUCACCAUCGUCGGCCUACCAGAGCAUGGCUGGUUCCAGGGUGAGCUGGAAGGCAGAACUGGUGUUUUUCCUGAGGGCUUUGUGGAGCUGCUCGGACCCCUGCGCUCACCAUUGGAGGGGCCCGAACCUGAAAGCCUGGAACAGUACCCGGCUUACAUCAUAGAAGAAGAAGAAAGAAGGGAAGAGGAAGAGAGAGACGAGGAAAAUCCUAAAUUGGAGAUUCAACAACAGCAAGAGGAAGAGGAAGGAGCGCUAUAUGGUGUUGCGUUGUAUGAAUUCCGGGCCCUUGAGCCUGGCGAGCUGGACUUUGAUGUAGGAGAUAGGAUCCGAAUCCUGGCGACACUAGAGGAUGGCUGGUUGGAGGGGCAAAUACAUGGCAGAAGAGGAGUUUUCCCCCAUCGAUUUGUCAAGAUGGAGGGGCAGCUGCAGACUGUACCUCAAACUGAGAUGUUAAUGAAUAAAAUCAGUGUACCUGAGAGAGAGGAAGAGGAGUGCUAUACUCCUGAUGAUAACCUGGCUCUUCAGGAUCACACAGUGCCAGAAUACGGCCAAGAGUGGGCAACUCAGGAGGACCAUACUGUUUGGGACCUGGAUUACUUUGAACGCAGGGAGGAGGAAAGAAAGGAAGACAAUGUUAGCUACACACACUUCGAUAGAAGUCCUCAAGACAGAGGAGUGAUUCAAAAUCAACCACAGGUUAAAAAACGAAGGAUCGAGAGACCCCCACCCCCUCAUACCCAACCCCAUAGAGUUGGUAGCUCAGCCCAACGAGCAGUCCAAAGGACCAAUACAGGAAGCCCCACAUUUGGUAGACCCCAGUUGCCACCUAGGCCGAGUCUACAUGCUCUCAAUAAAAGACAAUACAGCACAAGUUCCCAUUUCAGCUUACAAGAACAUCCCCCAGCACCCAUCACAAGGAACCAAAGUCUGGACCCACCCACCAGAACGCCACCUAAUUCCACGUGGACAAGAAACAAUGGCCACUAUGCCUCUCAUGGCAGCAGAGAUCCAUUUAGCAGUAAAAUCUCGACACGUUCUGGUCAGAAGAACAGGGAGAAGAAGUUGACUCGACAUGCAAGUGUCAGCGAUGCUGACUUAAUCUCUGGUGGCCACAGGGACCACUGGGCAUGGUCUCAGGGACAGAGCUCAAAUGGGUUGCCGACAUCUCAGACACUUGGGACUCUGGCUGUAUCUGCUGGGGAUCUUGAAGCCAAGCUUUCCCAGCAGCUGACAGAGUUUGAAAGGAGUUUGCCGGGUCAUAGCAAUGGAGCCACUGAACAAAAUAGAUGGGAGGAGGUUAGUGGCGGAUGCGGCAAAGUUUCCCGCCAUUUCUCCAUUAUGGACUACAGCAGUGAGAAUGACAUAAUCCGUGGCUCCUCACACUCCUUAAUGGACCGUCUGUCCCCUUCCACUUCCUCCCCUUCUGGCUCUGCCUCCUCCUCUUUAGAGAGACGGAAAACAUUACGCCCACCUCCUCCUCGGCCACGGGUCUUAAGGCCACCAGCUCCUACAAACUUGCAUUGUCUUUCCACCAAUGACCGCAUUGCUUCUCAACCUUAUAAGCCUGCACGCCCAGCGCCACGUCCACCUCCUCCCUGCCCACGCACCAGCACCGUCACACCUUGUCCUCCUCCACCCACCUCCAACCCCUUCUACACCUUGCCAGAUGAGGAAGAGAUAGUUGAAGAGAUGGAGGAGGCAGAAGAUGCUCUGGAGAAAGAGAUGGAGAGAGAAAGGGAGAGGGAACAGGAGCAAUACAGGUUGCUCCUGAGGUUGGAGGAGGUGGAGAGGGACAUUGAUAUGUACUCUCACACAGCCGAGGAGCUGCAGGCCAUGCUGGAAGAGGAGCAGGAUGAGCCUGCAAGACAACAGGCUCUGGAGAAUCUAGAGUUCUGUACCUAUUCCAUGGAGACACUUACUCUAGAACAACAGCAGCUACAAGAGAUGACCCUGCUUGCCUCCCAGCCUAAGUCUCUGGAAUCUUCCCCUGCUUCAGCAGCCACCACUGAAGACCCUGAACAGAGGAUGCUGGAGAAAAGGUCAAAAGUCAUUGAGGAGCUUCUGCAGACUGAGCAUGACUACAUAAAGGACCUUCAAAUGUGUGUGAAGGAGAUCAUACUACCACUGCAGAAAAAGCAGGUCCAGAGUAUUGAUUUUGAUGGUCUCUUUGGAAACAUUAACUCAGUAAUUGACCUUUCUCGCCGACUCAACAAGACCCUCCAGGACACUGACUCAAUAGGUCAAGUGUUCCUAGACUACAAAGGUGAGUUGGAAGAGGUUUACAAGAUCUAUUGCCAAAAUCACGAUGACGCCAUCUCUUUACUGGAGACCUACGAGAAGGACGAGAACAUCCAGAAGCACAUGCUGGAGUGUCUGGAGAAGCUCAGAGGGAUAUACCGAGAGUGGGGAAAGACAAACUACAUUAAUCUGGGUUCAUUCUUGAUAAAGCCAGUGCAGAGAGUAAUGCGUUACCCCCUGCUCCUUAUGGAAUUGCUCAACACCACUCCAGAGUCGCAUCACGACAGGAAGCAACUCGCUGAGGCAGUGAUGUCCAUUAAAGAGAUUAAUGUCAAUAUCAACGAAUUCAAAAGGAGAAAGGACCUUGUGGUGAAGUACCGCAAAGGUGAUGAAGACCGACUCAUUGACAAGAUCUCAAAGUUGAGCAUGCACUCCAUCAUCAAGAAGUCAAACAGAGUGAGCAGCCAUCUCAAGCACCUGACUGGGAUUUCAGCUCAGAUCAAAGAUGAAGCUUUCGAUGAUGCAGAGAAAAGAUUUAGACUCCAGGAGCGACUGAUCAAGUCCUUCAUCAGGGACAUCUCCCUCUAUCUGCAGCACAUACGGGAGUCCGCUUCAGUGAAGGUGCUAGCCGCCAUCAGUUUCUGUGACAUCUACACAGAGCGGCGACAGCAGAUGGACCCCGAACGUUUCCAGAGAGCACAUCGCUGCAUCAGUGACAAACAGUUUACUGAGUUUAAAGAUAGGACAGAAGCUCUAGUCAUCACUCCCCUCACCCAGCUGCUCAAUAUGUUCGCUGGGCCCCAUAAACUCAUCCAGAAGCGUAGAGACAAGCUGCUAGAUUACGACAACUGUAAGGAGCGUGCUGAGAGGCUGAAGGACAAGCGUGUGCAGGAGGAACUGCAGACUGCACGGAAUAACUACGAAGCUUUAAACGCCCAGCUGCUGGAUGAGCUGCCCAAAUUUCACCUCGCAGCCGAAGAACUGUUCACCAGCUGUGUAAGGGGCUUCACCCAAGCCCAGAGAGAUUUCAUUGCGCUCACGUUGGGGGAACUCACACCACUUCUGCAGCUGUCUGGUUUGAGUGGCACAGAAGGGAAUCUGGUGUCCUUGUUUCAAGAAGAGCACACUCGAGUGUUGGAUUUGCUUCAGAGCUUCAGUUUCUUCCCCGACAACCUUCCCACUACUGUACGCAAGCCCUUUGAAAAGAAGACUCUGGAAAAACAGAACUCCAAGAAACAGCAAGGCCCUCCAAACUGCGUGCUACAGACGGAUGAGCACAGAGCCGGGCUUCUGGUGAGAUACGGGCCAGAGAAACUCUACCAGGCUGACAGGAACUUUAACGCAGCACAGGACCUGGAUGUGUCCAUACUGGAGGGAGACAUCGUGGGUGUCAUCAAGCAGCAAGACCCCAUGGGCAGCCAGAACCGCUGGCUAAUAGACAAUGGAGUUACGAAGGGCUUUGUGUAUAGUUCCUUCCUAAAGCCCUACAACCCACGCAGGAGUCAUUCGGAUGUCUCCAUUGAGAGUCAGUCAUCGAAUGAGUCGGGCUACGGUGGCUCCUCCUCCCCCAUGUUCUCACGACAGAAUAGCAACAGCACUCUGACUUUCAACCAAGACACAUCAACUGUCAGCUUCUCAACGGCCACACCUCCGAACCAAGCACACACUCGCCCGAGUCAGGACAUCACCCCCAGGAAAAACAGAGAGUUUACAUCCACCAUUCAGAGGGAUUCUGUCGAGCCCACCAUCAGAAAUUCCCCCAAUCACAAAGAACUGUCUGAGACAGCCUAUAGAAAUACUGCAAAUAACAGGGACUACUCUGAAUCUUCAUACAGAAAUCACAGCAAUCACAGAGACUCUUCAGACUCUGGUCAGAAUACUCCAACCAAUCACAGAGACCCCUCAGACUCUGAGACAGACUUGUGUUCCUUCAGUAAGAACUCCAGAUUUGACUCAUCUUCGAGGCACAACAAUUCACGUGGUUCUUAUGGCUCACAGCAGAGACGAAAUGGAGACUAUUUGGAACAGCAGAGGAAGCCACAGUACCCUCUUGAAGAAUAUAUAGAUCCAGAGCCUGAUCCCGAACUGGAUGGCCACCAGAUUUAUUAUGCUCUCUACUCGUUCAGUGCACGGUGUGCAAAUGAGCUAAGCAUAUCAGCCAAUCAGCAGGUCCGAAUCCUUGAGUUCCAGGACAUGAAUGGCAACCAGGAGUGGUGGCUGGGUGAGGCAGGAGGACGGAGGGGUUAUGUCCCAUCCAACUACAUUCGCAAAUCAGAGUACACAUGAGCUGCAACAUUUGUACUUCCAGAGCCCUGCAGCUACCCUAGACCACUACUAGCCAACUCAAUAAGGGGGAAAACACUACAAAAGGAUGUGUGCCUUAACUAUAGUGGAGAUGCACUGAUGUGGUGAACUGAUCAUUGCUACUGAUGGGAAGAAAAUAUUUUCCUCUAUGACGACUAUUUAAAAACUUCAGAAAUCUCAGAUGCAUGUAACUCCUGAGUGCCUCCUAGUGGCCAAAUAUGGAUCAGCAGAGGACUGUGCAUGUGGAUUUGAAGUAAUGGAGUGAAGUGAACAAAGAAAAAGUUUGGACUGAGACCGUUUUGGUUGGAGAAAUUCUGAGAAAUUCUGAAAGUAGUCUGGCGUGUCCUGCUGUUCUCGGGCACUCCAUUUACAGCUGAAGUCAGAAGUUUACAUACACCUUAGCCAAAUACAUUUAAACUCAGUAUUUCACAAUUGCUGACAUUUAAUCAUAGAAAACAUUCCCUGUCUUAGGUCAGUUAGGAUCACUACUUUAUUUUAAGAAUGUGAAAUGUCAGAAAAAUAGUAGAGAGUAUGAUAUAUUUCAGCUUUUAUUUCUUUCAUCACAUUCCCAGUGGGUCAGAAGUUUACAUACACUUUGUUAGUAUUUGGUAGCAUUGCCUUUAAAUUGUUUAACUUGGGUCAAAUGUUUUGGGUAGCCUUCCUCAAGCUUCUCACAAUAAGUUGCUGGAAUUUUGGCCCAUUCCUCCAGACAGAACUGGUGUAACUGAGUCAGGUUUGUAGGCCUCCUUGCUUGCACAUGCUUUUUCAGUUCUGCCGACAAAUUUUCUAUCGGAUUGAGGUCAGGGCUUUGUGAUGGCCACUCCAAUAUCUUGACUUUGUUGUCCUUAAGCCAUUUUGCUACAACUUUGGAGGUAUGCUUGGGGUCAUUGUCCAUUUGGAAGACCGAUGUCUUGAGAUGUUGCUUCAAUAUACCGUGGUGUGAAAAAGUGUUUGCCCCCUUCCUGAUUUCUUAUUUUUUUGCAUGUUUGUCACAAUCCAAACCUACAUGGCCCUGUGUGAAAAAGUGAUUGCCCCCUAAACCUAAUAACUGGUUGGGCCACCCUUAGCAGCAACAACUGCAAUCAAGCGUUUGCGAUAACUUGCAAUGAGUCUUUUAGAGCGCUGUGGAGGAAUUUUGGCCCACUCAUCUUUGCAGUAUUGUUGUAAUUCAGCCACAUUGGAGGGUUUUUGAGCAUGAACUGCCUUUUUAAGGUCAUGCCACAGCAUCUCAAUAGGAUUCAGGUCAGGACUUUGACUAGGCAACUCCAAAGUCUUCAUUUUGUUUUUCUUCAGCCAUUCAGAGGUGGACUUGCUGGUGUGUUUUGGAUCAUUGACCUGCUGCAGAACCCAAGUUCGCUUCAGCUUGAGGUCACGAACAGAUGGCCAGAUUUACCUCGGCCAUUGAUAAAAAUUCUCCUUCAGGAUUUUUUGGUAGACAGCAGAAUUCAUGGUUCCAUUUAUCACAGCAAGUCUUCCAGGUCCUGAAGCAGUAAAACAGCCCCAGACCAUCACACUACCACCACCAUAUUUUACUGUUGGUAUGAUGUUCUUUUUCUGAAAUGCGGUGUUACUUUUACGCCAGAUGUAAUGGGACACACACCUUCCAAAAAGUUCAGCUUUUGUCUCGUCAGUCCACAGAGUAUUUUCCCAAAAGUCUUGGGGAUCAUCAAGAUGUUUUCUGGCAAAAAUGAGAUGAGCCUUAAUGUUCUUUUUGCUCAGCAGUGAUUUUCGUCUUGGAACUCUGCCAUGCAGGCCAUUUUUGCCCAGUCUCUUUCUUAUGGUGGAGUCAUGAACACUGACCUUAACUGAGGCAAGUGAGGCCUGCAGUUCUUUGGAUGUUGUUGUGGGGUCUUUUGUGACCUCUUGGAUGAGUCGUCGCUGCGCUCUUGGGGUAAUUUUGGUUGGCCGGCCACUCCUGGGAAGGUUCACCACUGUUCCAUGUUUUCGCCAUUUGUGGAUAAUGGCUCUCACUGUGGUUCUCUGGAGUCCCAAAGCUUUAGAAAUGGCUUUAUAACCUUUUCCAGACUGAUAGAUCUCAAUUACUUUCUUUCUCAUUUGUUCCUGAAUUUCUUUGGAUCUCGGCAUGAUGUCUAGCUUUUGAAGAUCUUUUGGUCUACUUCACUUUGUCAGGCAGGUCCUAUUUAAGUGAUUUCUUGAUUGAGAACAGGUGUGGCAGUAAUCAGGCCUGGGUGUGGCUAGAGAAAUUGUGAUAAACCACAGUUAUGUUUUAACAGGUGGGGCAAACACUUUUUCACACAGGGCCAUGUAGGUUUGGAAUUUGUUUUCCCUUAAUAACAACCUUCAUUUAAAAACUGCAUUUUGUGUUUACUUGUGUUAUCUUUGACUAAUAUUUAAACUAGUUUGAUGAUCUGAAACAUUUAAGUGUGACAAACAUGCAAAAAAAUAAGAAAUCAGGAAGAGGGCAAACAUUUUUUCACACCACUGUAUACACAUAAUUUUCCUUCCUCAUUAUGCCAUCUAUUUUGUGAAGUGCAACAGUCCCUCCUGCAGCAAAGCACCCCCACAACAUGAUGCUGCCACCCCCAUGUUGGGAUGGUGAUCUCCGGCUUGCAAACCUCACCCUUUUUCCUCCAAACAUAACAAUGGUCAUUAUGGCCAAACUGUUAAAUUUUUGUUGUUGAGGAUAUUUCUCCAAAAAGUAAGAUAUUUGUCCCCAUGUGCACUUGCAAACUGUAGUCUGGCUUUUUUUAUGGAUGUUUUGGAGCCGUGGCUUCUUCCUUGCUGAGCAACUUUUCAGGUUUUGUCGAUAAAGGACUCGUUUUACUGUGAAUAUAGAUACUUGUCUACCUGUUUCCUCCAGCAUUUCCUGUUUCCUCACAAGGUCCUUUGCUGUUGUUCUGGAAUUUAUUUGCACUUUUUGCACCAAACUACGUUCAUCUCUAGGAGACAGAAUGCAACUCCUUCCUGAGUGGUAUGAUGGCUGCGUGGUCCCAUGGUGUUUAUACUUGUGUACUAUUGUUUGUACAGAUGAACGUGGUACCUUCAGGCAUUUGGAAAUUGCUCCCAAGGAUGAACCAGACUUGUGGAAGUCCACAAUUUUUUUCUGAGGUCUUGGCUGAUUUCUUCUGAUUUUCCCAUGAUGUCAAGCAAAGAGGCACUGAGUUUGAAGGUAGGCCAUCCACAGGUACACCUCCAAUUGACUCCAAUUAGCCUAUCAGAAACUAAUUGGCUAAUUGCCUAAAGGCUUGACAUCAUUUUCUGAAAUUUUCCAAGCUGCUUAAAGGCACAGUUAACUUAGUGUAUGUAAACUUUUGACCCACUGGAAUUGUGAUAUAGUCAAUUAAAAGUUAAGCAAUCUGUCUGUAAACAAUUGUUGGAGAAAUUACUCGUGUCAUGCACAAAGUAGAUGUCCUAAACGAGUUGCCAAACUAUAGUUUGCUAAUAUGAAAUUUGUGGAUUGAUUAGAAAAAAUGAGUUUUAAUGACUUCAACCUAAGUGUAUGUAAAUUUCUGACUUCAAAUGUAUAGUAUCUUAGCGCUUAAAUGCUCUGUAGGGAGCGUAGAUCUCUUAUGUUUAAGAGUUGAGGACUUGUAUUGGGCAUGUGCGAAUGACACUGGAAAGAGACUUCCAGUGAGGUUCCAGGACUGGCAUGAAGUGAGUGAGAGAGAGAGUGAAUGAGUAUUUGUUUGUUUGUUUGUGUGCUACUGAGAUACAAAUGCAUUUGGUUGAGUGUUUGCUGUGUUUUGUGAUGUUGCCUCCCUCAUCUGACAAUCUUAGUGUGCCUAGACAGAGAAAAAAAACUGUCUGGAUAUUAACAUAUGUGAACAAACUUUGGAUUUAAUCCCUAUCAUGGCUCUCAGAUCAUAAUGAUAUUAUCGCUGGUGACCAUUUCAAAUUCCUGAAAAUAUAAAUGAAAUGCAAGAGACACUUUUGUAAGGUUUUUGUAAAAACAAUUUUAACUUUUUGAUAGCAUUGUUACAUUUUCCACUUGCACUUGUGAAUGGAUUUACAAGUUAAUUUUGACAUGUUUUGAGCUUUUAUGAGUAAGUUAAUCAGGACACCAGUGAGCUCAUUUUGAUGUGUUCCUCCAAGAGAAUAUGAUCUUGUCAUAUUUCUCUCUCAUGCUGUAUAUACUAAGAAUGUAUUUCUGCACUCUAGUAUAAACUGAUCUGUUUCUCCUCUUUUGAAUAAAAAAGAAAUCAGUUGAAAAUGUUGUUUGAGUGUUUUAUCUUAAAAUACAAUAUAG